AUGCGCGACCAAGGCAAGACGGCACGGACCCAUGGUGGAGCUGGUAGUGGGUUCCUUACUCGGCCGCGAGGCAUGUGGGAAUCCGACUACCGCUUCACAGUGGCCGCCCGCUUGAACCAGCUGGACACGCACAGUGUGCUCAAGCGUCGACGUCUCCGGGCGCACGACAAAUGCAGACACCCUGGAUGCUCGCGCUCGGAGACGUUGGCACAUGUGCUAAACCACUGUGCUGGCACGAUGGACGCUGUUCGUGGACGACACAAUGACGCUCUCAAGGUCAUCGAGCGGGCUCUACUUUCGAGGUCUGGUGGACAGACAGACCGGGUAGAGCUUCGCGUCAGCCAAACGGUGCCUGGACUUGCGGGACCAGCGCUGCGGCCAGAUCUACAGCUGUUCAACCACAGCAAGAAGACUGUGGCUGUGGUGGACCUGGCCGUAGCGUUCGAAGAACAAGCGAGUGCUGAUGCGAACAGCUCCGCGCUAGUGCGGGUGGCUGCCUUCAAGCGCACCAAGUACGACUGCGUCAAGCGCCAUCUCGAGCGUCAAGGUUGGACGGUACACCUUUCGGCGCUCGUUUAUGGCUCGCUUGGCGCUGUUGCCGGUGGUAACCUCGCGGUUUACACCGAGCAACUUGGUGUGCUGAAGGGCGAUGCGAAGCGGCUGGACAGGCAACUUUCUGCUGAGUGCAUUACGUCCAGCCGCCGCAUCUGGAACCUGCACUGCAGUACGCACCGCGCCCGUCAAGGCCAAGGUCAAGCUCACGAUCGCGGUCAAGCUGGAGUUCAAGUUCAAGCUGAGGUUCGCGACCAAGCUCGAGGACGCUCAAGACAUGAUGCAAGGGGCAGUCGGGUGACGGUGACCGGGGGGACUCCGUCACAUCAAGGCCGCCACUAA